CCCCUUCCCUCCCCGCUCCUCCUCCUCCUCCCUCGCCCCGCCUGCCCCGCCGCCAAGAUGGCGUCGGCCCUAGAGCAGUUCGUCAACAGCGUCCGGCAGCUCUCGGCCCAAGGUGACCGUGGUGAGGGGGGUGGAGGACAAAUGACCCAGCUUUGUGAACUGAUCAAUAAAAGUGGAGAACUGCUAGCAAAAAAUCUUUCCCAUCUGGAUACAGUGCUUGGUGCCCUGGAUGUGCAGGAACACUCUUUAGGAGUUCUUGCUGUCUUGUUUGUGAAGUUUUCUAUGCCCAGCAUCCCUGACUUCGAAACGUUAUUCUCGCAGGUGCAGCUUUUUAUCAGCACUUGUAAUGGGGAACACAUUAGAUAUGCAACAGACACUUUUGCUGGCCUGUGCCACCAGUUAACAAAUGCCCUUGUGGAGAGAAAACAGCCCCUGCGAGGAAUUAGCAUUCUCAGACAAGCCAUAGACAAGAUGCAGAUGAACACAAACCAGCUGACCUCAAUACAUGCAGAUCUCUGCCAGCUCUGUUUGUUAGCAAAAUGCUUUAAACCUGCCCUCCCGUAUCUAGAUGUGGACAUGAUGGAUAUUUGUAAAGAGAACGGGGCAUAUGAUGCGAAGCACUUUUUAUGUUACUACUACUAUGGUGGGAUGAUAUACACUGGGCUAAAGAAUUUUGAAAGAGCACUCUACUUUUAUGAACAGGCAAUAACUACUCCAGCCAUGGCAGUCAGUCAUAUUAUGUUGGAAUCCUAUAAAAAGUAUAUUCUAGUUUCUUUGAUACUACUUGGCAAAGUUCAGCAGCUACCAAAAUACACUUCCCAGAUAGUUGGUAGAUUCAUUAAGCCCCUUAGCAAUGCUUACCACGAAUUAGCUCAAGUUUAUUCAACCAAUAAACCCUCGGAGCUUCGAAAUCUGGUGAACAAACACAGCGAAACAUUCACAAGGGAUAACAACAUGGGGCUGGUUAAGCAGUGCUUGUCAUCUCUCUACAAAAAGAAUAUUCAGAGACUAACCAAGACGUUUUUAACAUUGUCAUUACAAGACAUGGCAAGUCGAGUGCAGUUGUCGGGGCCCCAGGAAGCAGAAAAAUAUGUCCUCCACAUGAUAGAAGAUGGUGAAAUCUUUGCAAGUAUUAAUCAGAAAGAUGGUAUGGUCUGUUUCCAUGAUAAUCCUGAAAAAUACAACAAUCCAGCUAUGCUUCAUAACAUCGACCAGGAGAUGCUGAAAUGUAUAGAGCUUGAUGAACGACUGAAAGCCAUGGAUCAAGAGAUCACUGUGAACCCUCAGUUUGUGCAGAAGAGUAUGGGAUCUCAAGAAGAUGACUCAGGGACCAAACCAUCCAGUUAUUCUUGAAAUUAAUGUUGCUCACCACUCCGCUUUCAAGUAAAAGCUUAUGAAAGGAUCACGCCUGGAAUAGGGCAUUGAGGAGUUCCACGAAGAGAGCAGAGAGAACUGAGCUUUGCUUUUCACCUGGACAUUAAGAAAAUAAAAAAGAACACCCUCUCAGUACUGUAUAAUACCAGAAAUAUUCUCUGCAAAGAAAAAGGAAAUCUCAAAAAGAAACUUAAAAGUCUGUUGUGGAUUUAUUUAUCUUCAGAUUAACAUCGUUAAUGCAUUAAAUAAUCGACCUUUUGUUUUAAAGGGUUUGAAUGUUGCUGUGUUUCUGUAGCAGUCUUUCUGGGUUUUUUUGUUUGUUUGGGUUUUUUUUUUUUUCCUCUUCUGCAAAAAGUGUUAUUCAGGGAAGAAUACAAACUAGUGUUGGUUCACUUACAAGGUAAUUUACUGGUUCAUUUUUCUGUAUUUAAAGUUGAGCUCAGAGUGCAGCCUGAUCUUAUGUAUGGCAGGGGGAAGAGGGGUGGAGUUUGAAGUCAGUUCUCUACGUUAUGGUUUGUGUAUGCCUGGUGUAGCUGGCUGCUGGCUGUUAAAUGAAGAGCAGUGUUCUUUCCUAAAAGAAUGAGCCUGUUAACAAGCCCUUGUAAGGCUGUAGGCACUUGCAUAACUAUAGGAAAUCCAUACCUGACAGCUAUUUAUGAGUUUUAAAGUUGCUGGUACAAAAUACCUUCUGAUAACAUUUGCUCUUAAAUUAAUUAGACCUAAACAAAAGGAUGUUUUGGAGGCUGCCAGAUAUGAAGUUGUUCACACUGAAAGAAAUGUAAAUUUCUAUUCCUAUAUAUUUGAUGUGAAAGUAUCCAACAGGCUAAUGCAGUGGGAAUCAGUUUAAGUGAAGGCCAUGCCAUAGAUCUUUGUUUCCAAAGGAAAUAUUUUUCACCUGGAACCCAGAAUUCUUUAGAGCUCUCAAAAUGGAGGAAUGUGUUUGGAGAUCACAUGCUGGAAUGUUCCCUGGUUUUUAAUCCAUGGUUUUAAACAUAAAAGCGUUGUUGGAUUAAGUGCUUCACCCCUUAAAUCAAUGAGCUUUUUAAUCCUCUGUAGUUCUCGUGCAUCUGAAGAUUCUCACUCUUCAAACACCUUUGAGAACACUUCAUGUCAGUGCAGAUCUCCUACUGUCAGGCAUAAAUAAACCUGUCAUCAAGUCAGAAAGAGAGAAACUCAGCAUCCAGUGCUUCCUACUUAAAUGCCUGACGAGGAGCUGCUUGCUGCUGCUAACCCACCAGCUUUUUUUCAGGAGCCUAAGUGGGAGCUGAGCAUUUCUGGCUCUUGCCACCUGCAGCUUGUAUGUACUGAGGUCAGCCCUGGUUGAAAAUGCUCUGUUUGUGCUUCCAGUGCUGAUGCAGAACUAUUGGGGUUGUCACUUAAAAUUGGUGUCCUCAUUCUAGCAGAGCCUCUGUGCCAGCAGUAUGCUUCUAGUAGGAGAGAGAUGUCCCCAGGUUGUUGUCAAGGUGGUGAAAGAUGUUUUAAGGAGUAUAAAAUAGCAGUUUAGUGUUGAACACAGCCUAGAUCCAUAGCGUUAGUAGCUCACCACUGAGUACUUGUGCUUCCUGUCAUAGAGACUUCCAUAUUUAAAGGCAACUGUUACACCUCACCUUAAAGCAAAUCUUGGGGUUUUCAUAACUUGCCUUACCAGUCAUGUAAUUAAAGAUACUUAAGAUUUUUGAAGGGUUCUUUUUUCUUUUUUUAUUUUUUUCCCCCCUCUCUCCCUAGUUAAUCCUGCAGUGAUUUAAAUGCUGAACAUGCUUCUGCAAUUUUCCUCUCUGGUCCUGUGGAAGUGUUAAUUUAGAGGAUUAGUAAUGCUGUGGGCUCAGGCACGAAGCGAGGUUGUCGCAGUGUUGACAGCAUGAGCGGUAGUCAUGGAAAGGACAGCAAAUGACUAACCCCAAACUGCCACCCAUACAGAACUGUGGACGGAUGGCCUCUUGUUGCCAGAGGCUCAUUUGCCAGGGGAGAAUGUGUGCAGGCUGCUUUUGUGGAGUUGGAGGAGAACCAGACUUGUCCACUUGGCAGUGGCUGAGCUUUUAGAUCACUAGUUCCCAUUAGCGAGUGUGGAUUUACCUGCUGAGAGCUGCAGGAUGGAUUUCUAUCUAUGGAAUUAGAAAUGCACUAAUAUAUGCAGCCAGCAAACAGCAGCUACAUUUUCUCUUCUGCUUAAAGCAGAUAAAAUAAAUCCAUGCUCACAUCAAAAGGCUGGUAGAAAGAGCUGUGUAACAGUUUCAAAUGAUAUAUUAUCCUGUUGUUCUUAAUCUGAUUUCUACGAGAGCAAGCACUUUGAAAGCUAGAGAACCGCUGAGGUUCCUUUUCUGACGUGGGUAGUUUGUGCUGUUAAACUCUGAUUGCUGAUGGGAGUCAAGUCAGGUCCCACCUGUAGAAUCAGCAGAUAAAGCAUUUGCCAAAAGUGCUUCAGGGAAGGGCUUUUAAGUAAUAGUUUGAUAAACACAUACGGUCUGGCAUCUGCAUGUCUUGAGAUACUGAUGAAAUUAAGUCAGAUUUUUAAUGAAGUAGCUCUUUCAAGUCUUGGAACUAAUUGCAUGGGCUUGUGGGCAGCUGAGAUGCUUUGAGAACUCUUGAGCUUUCUGGUUUUAUUUCUGUGUUUAUUGCAGGAAAGGACUUUUGAUCAACUAUGAGACCACUGUGUGCUGUGCUCCUCUAAGCUUAGACCCUCAGAGGUCCUGUGGCUGGUUCUUCCUCUCGUGCAUGGCCACAAGAUGUAUUCACGAAAUAAGAGUGCAUGCUUUGAUAUCUGACGCCUAUUUUCAUGCAUCUUAAUUAGCAAAGAUACAAAAUGCAGUUCAGAAGGGUAUCACUAGACGUGCAGCUACACUUCUUAGCCACAGGAGGGGUCUCUAGCUUAGUUAUUAGCAGGUAUUAAACGAUUUCUACAAAGAAAUGAUUAGAAGCUGUUUUGUUCUGUGCCACGGAGGAGCCGCAGUCAGUGACCUCCACUGACACACACAGGCUGCCGCUGCUCCACGUGCUUUCGUGUAACUCCAGCUGCCUCCUCCCACACAACCACCCUUCUCUCUUCUCCAGUGCAACCGUGACCUGGUGUAUGUCUUGUCAUAGGCAACCUGUAUAACCUAGGAAAUGUUUUCUGCAUGGCCAAACUGGCUGAGGAGGUUAGUCCUGAGAAGUUGUUUUAAUUGUACUAUUGGAAAAUAAAGAUAACAAAUGA